UCUAUCCCGGGCCAGUUGCCCUCGCAACCUCAGAGAAAGCAGACUGUCCGGUCUUUCGUAAAGUGCCAUUUAUGUAAAAGUCGUGCUUCUACCAAAAUUGUGACAUCUAAAUUUUAUCAAAUAAACUAUGAUUGCAGUGCUGAUGAUUUCAAAGCAGAUCAAUGUAAUCCAGCAAAUAAGUGAUAUUCUUCUCCUCUCUUUGUCGGAAUGAUGAUAGGAUCUUUUUUCGCACCGCAUCAACUUGCUGUUCGUCAUAAACCACGUCGUUCGUUUUCGUUCAUGAAUGCGACAGCAGCAGCAGCAGCCGGCAACAUAUAGAUGGACGACGAAAUCUCGACACCGAGGAGGACGAUGGAAUCAAGUGGAACUUUAUCGACCGACGACGAACCGUCCUGCACAUCUCCGUCGACGGUCAAGUCUCAGCAUCAUCUUCAUCUAGCGUUGGAGCGUGCCACUUCGACGGCGGCCCGGUUCCAGCGGAGCGGCGGUGGCGCUGUCGUCUACGGCGGACUCUACUUGCCGUCGCUGCAGAACGGAUUGAGCGGCAGAUUUGAAAAUCAGCCGCUCGAGUCGGCUUAUCAGCGAUACUCGCACCGGCAGCGUCAAAAGUCCUUCAUUGUCGUCAACGGAGUUGACGUGGCCCUCAAGAUCAUCGCCGUCGUCCUCAUUUCCAUCCAUUACUACAGCGGCAGUGGUGCCAGCGUGAGCAUCCAGCAAUCCUCCGACUGUUUUUCUGCUGCUGACGAUUCGCCGGCCUCUCUCAAUUCAUCGUCGGACUGCCCCGAUAGAUCAUCAUCACCGGGAGUCGCUAGCCAUCACACGCACGGGGUUUACCCGACGGAAACGGUGACGUGGACAUCGUGCUUGAUCCUCGUCAACAUCUUACUCUGUUUGCUUGCAUCAUGCUGGAAAUGUUUCGCCAACAAUUACCUUCACUGGGCUGCCCUAGCCACCUGGCUCCUGAUGAACCUACAAGUCCUGGUAGGUCUCGGUUUCGACGACAUUGGCGGCAGAGGAAAUCAAUCAGGAAUCCAAAGCUCCGAACUCACGACGCAUAUGGUCUGGUACAUCCUUUUCAUCAUAUUCGCAGCUUAUGCCAUGCUACCUUUGCCACUCCUGUGGUCCGUAUCAGCCGCAGGAGCUACGGUCAUUAUUCACCUGACUUCCUUUUUCGUGGUUCACUCGGUCCGGAUCAGCAGCAAUCCGUCGCCCUGGGAGGAUUGGUAUUGCAUCGCCAUGAGUGGCGGCGCGGACUUGGUUCUUUAUGCAGCGAUGAAUUUUGCGGGACUCUACGCCAAAUAUUUGACGGAUCGCGCUGGCAGGAAAGCAUUUCUGGAAACCCGACGCUCUCACGAGAUGCGCUGCAAGGCGGAGAAGGAAAAUGACAAGCAAGAGAAAUUGCUUCUGUCAGUAUUACCGCGCUUUGUUGUCAUGGAGAUGAUUCGGGAUUUCGCUGGCGAGGAAGACACGGAGAAGAGUGGCGGCAACGGGAACGCAACAGCAGUCGGUAGCAAAUUGGUCUCAACUCCAAUCGUGUCAGCUGAUGCGCCGACGUCAGCGCCCAUUCCGCAAUUCCACAAGAUUUAUUUACAUCGUUACGAGAACGUCUCCAUUCUUUUUGCCGACAUCAAAGGUUUCACUGAGUUAGCCAGCCAGUGCAGCGCACAGGAGCUAGUUCGAGUAUUGAACGAUCUUUUCGGGAAAUUCGACCGACUAGCUGAAGAAAAUCACUGUUUGCGAAUCAAAUUGCUGGGCGAUUGCUACUACUGCGUGUCAGGACUUCCAGAAGCUCGUUCCAAUCAUGCCAACUGCUGUGUCGAAACUGGGUUGGACAUGAUCUGCGCAAUACAAUUUGUCCGCCAGAAAACCCAAGUUGACUUGAACAUGAGAAUUGGCAUUCACUCCGGAUCCGUUUUGUGCGGCGUCCUCGGCGUCUACAAGUGGCAAUUCGACGUGUGGUCCUUUGACGUCACAAUGGCCAACCACAUGGAAUCAGGGGGUAUCCCCGGGCGAGUUCACAUUUCGAAAGCAACUCUAGAUAAUCUCGCUGACACAUAUGACGUCGAGCCAGGUUACGGCGACACUCGAGACGCUUAUCUAAAGGAACAUAAAAUGGAGACUUUCUUGAUCGUGAAAAAAAAGCGAAUUAAGAAAAUCUCCAAAGAUGAACAUUACGGCCGCUCUUCCACGGAUCGUGUCGGCUGCUGUCGCACGCGAAUGUUGGAGGCCUGGAUCGAAGAAGAGGACGAAGACAAUCCCAUCAAGAGGAAAGCAAGUCAGGCCAGCAAUAACGUAACUGCUAGUGCCAGGCCGUCUCUCGGGGGAGUCUCAGUCGGUGCCAUUUCCAGCCCCGACACAUCCGUAUUGAUCAAUGACUCGGCUGACUGGUCGCCAGAAAUACCUUUCGAAAACCUGGACAUUUGUGGUCUGGACGACGACGACGACGACGGUCAGACAUCGUUCACCAAAUCUUUCGAUCUCGCCGACCAAGAAUCCCAUCAACUGAAAGUGUCCAACGCUUCAUCAACUCAUCCAUCUUCUACAUCUGCCUUACCCAGUUUAUUGAGCGACGAAGCUUUGCGCGGCGAAUGCACUCCAUCUCCGCCGUCUUCCAUCCGACGGGGACAGCAGGAAUCCCCCUGCAACCGCGGUGGCUCUCGAAGAGUUCGAAUAGCGGCCCCCGAAGCGGCGCUGUUGAAUCUCCAGGAAGAGGUGGACCAGCUAAUGGACCUUUCAAUUGAGAUUGAUUCGAACAAGAAAAUUCGGAACGAGCACGUCCACCCGGUGACACUUCAGUUCUUGCGACCCGAUAUGGAAUCGAAUUUUAGCAAUAUGCGAGAGGACGUUUUUAAAUCUAAUGCUUUCUGCGUCUUCAUCAUAUGGAUACUGCUGGCGUGUUCACUUGUGAUAGUCAUGCCCAAGACAAUUGGAUUGUGGGUUACGUUAGGGGUAGCGACAAUCAUGUUGGCAUCGGCGCUCAUUCUGGCGGUGGCGGAAGAAAUGCCGUGGCUUCCGGAUUGCUGGAUUAGACACGCGUCCAAAGAAUUGGCCCGCAAGCGGACUCUACGUAAUUUGUAUAUUUGUUUCGUCGUUGGAAUCGUUUUCAUUACUACUGUCGUUAAUAUGGUAUUAUUUGCGGAUUACAUCACACACCUGGAAUCUUCUGUCGGCCAGUAUUAUCUUGAAAAUAGCCAGAACUGUUCUCAGCAAGGAAAUUUAACCAACAUCACGUCCGAUUCGAACGCAAAUCAUACGCCGGCUGUGGUGGCUUCUUGCCUGUUACCUCAGUAUCACAUGUACACUUGGGUUUUGGCCAUGGUUUGUUUGGCUUCUUUCCUCAAGUUAAACUACAUGAUGAAAUCAGCCAUCCUAUUAGUCAUGGUCACUGUUUACACAAUCCUGAUGACGGCAGCUUACCCGCAAGUCUUUGAUGAGAUCCAGGGAGACUGCGGACGGUACGUGGUGGACAAGUGGUCGAUGCUUGUGCUGAUCUUCCUGUUCUUUUACGUCGUUGGCUAUCAUUCACGUUUGGUGGAAGUGACUUCGCGGCUCGAUUUCCUCUGGAAACAGCAGGCGGCCAAAGAGUUGACGGACAUUUCCGAAACGAGAACUUACAAUACCCAAUUGCUCAAAAAUAUUUUACCAGACCACGUAGCGACUUAUUUCCUUGCAGCCGAGUCCAGCGAACGUAGAGCAGAUGAGUUAUAUUCUCAAGCAAAAGAUGGCGUUGGGGUGAUGUUUGCAAGUAUUCCCAAUUUCACCGAAUUCUAUUCAGAGGAUGUCAAUAAAGGAAUGGAAUGCAUCCGUUUACUCAACGAAAUCAUAGUGGAUUUUGAUGAGCUCCUUGACGAAAGUCGUUUUGCUUCAAUUGAAAAAAUCAAAACUAUUGGCUCGACCUACAUGGCCGUCUCUGGGCUGGAUCCGGUCCAAAAAACAGCCACGAAUGGAAACGAAGACGAAUAUUUGCACCUAACAGCCCUGACAGAUUUUGCGUUGGCGAUGAAAGAUCGUCUGGACGAAGUGAAUCGCCAUUCGUUUAACAACUUUCAACUAAGAGUCGGUAUAGGUGUGGGGCAAGUUGUGGGCGGAGUCAUUGGAGCUCGCAAGCCAGUGUUCGACGUCUGGGGCAAUACGGUUAACGAAGCCUCGCGCAUGGACUCGACUGGUCAAAUGGGUCGAAUUCAAGUCACGCGCGACGUCUAUCAGAUUCUGUCAGAAAGGGGUUAUCGAUUGCAGCCUCGCGGUCUUGUCCAAGUCAAGGGCAAAGGAGAAAUGCAGACUUAUCUCGUGGUGGGAAAAGAAAUGGGCUCUCCGAAAGGAGUCCAUCGACAGCCAUCCAGCCGCAGUUCAUUGGCCGCUGUCGUCUACGGAAUGGUUCGUGCAAGAAGGCGCCAAACAACUGCGAAACAAGGAGUCCUUACAUCAGCAGCAGCCGUCCAACAGUUGCACAGGACUUCAACUCGGCGUGCGGCUGCCACUUCAUCGUCGAGCGCUUCUGCUGCUCAAGGAGCCCUGGAUCGUUUGAGGGCUUUCUCCAGUGUCCGCCGGCAACCGACUAUGCGAAAUCCAACUAACUCAUCUGGAAUCAACCAAAACGGCAGUGGAAAUGUAGGCCAUUCAUCACCAUCGAAUAACAUUCGACAGUCAAUCAGCGAAUCUUCUCCGUCAAAACUCCGUCAAGCCGCAAUAAUAGGGCAAGAUCCUAAUAAUCUUCCAGUUCCAAACAGGCCCAUCAGCCUUUCAUCACGCCAUCCGCUACAGAUCUCCAGGUCAUAUCAUGACAUGCCAAAGUUUAAUACUGUACAAGAACAUGAUGUAGACGAUAACGACGAUGACAGUGAUUCGCCACACGGUGAAGUGCAGGACACCUCUCUUCAUCCUCAAACCUAAUAUUCGUGAGUAAGCCUGUACCUAUGACCUGUGCUAUAUUUCGCAUGGUUUUAAAAACUGUUUCAAAUGCAUAUAAAUUCAAAAAUUCAUCCAUGUUAUAAUAUUCGUGUGAAAAUUCUGUAAAUUGUGAAUGUUAACAAUGAAAAA